AUGUUUCCUUCGGUGGUGCGCGCCUUUUCCCGUGGAGUCGUGGCUGUUAGACGACAGUCGGCAAUGAAACCGAUCACGGCCGUGAGAUUUAUGUCAGAACACAAAGAAGAGACAGACGAAGAGUUCUACUCGAGGUAUGAAUCGUUCUUCAACCGCAACGACAUUGACGGAUGGGAAGCGAGGAAAGCAAUGAAUGAUUUGGCGGGUCAAGAUGCGAUAGCCGAACCCAAAGUAAUUGUUGCGGCCCUAAAAGCUUGUCGCCGCCUCAACGAUUAUGCCUUGGCAAUUAGGUUUCUAGAAAGUGUGCGAAUCAAAAGUGAAAUUGAUAAAAGCAUCUAUCCUUACAUCUUGCAAGAAAUCUCACCAUGCCUUCAAGAAUUAGGUAUAGACACACCGGAAGCUCUUGGAUAUGACAAACCAGAAUUAGCGUUGGAUGAUGUUGAUCACAUUUAUUAA